AAAUACCUGUGACGUCAUCAAUGAAGUGCAGACCGGCAUUUUGAAAGACGUGUUUGGUUCUGGAAGCCUCCGUUUUUCAUAAACUGUCGCGGCGAAAUCAAGGAAGCCAGCAUGGCUACAGAUGGCCUACAGAAAUCUAGGUUGCAGCACUUUAAAAACAAGGGCAAGGAUCAAGAUGAGAUGCGAAGGCGGCGAAAUGAGGUGACAGUCGAGUUGAGGAAGAACAAGAGGGACGAGUCGCUGCUCAAGAGACGCAAUGUGCCCCAGGUCGACUCCACGGAUGAUGAAGAGAUUGACAGGGGCCACCCAGAUCUCCAGGCUAUUGUGGCAAAUGCAAGCAGUGGGGAUCCUAAUGUCCAACUCAGUGCAGUCCAGUCAGCCAGGAGGCUACUCUCGAGUGAUCGUAAUCCGCCUAUCGACGAUCUGAUCAACUCUGGAAUCCUUCCUAUAUUAGUUCAAGCUUUGCGAAGGCAUGACAACCCUUCCUUACAAUUCGAAGCAGCCUGGGCACUGACAAACAUUGCAUCAGGAACUCAGCAACAAACGCAAGCAGUUGUCAACGCAGAUGCAGUACCACUUUUCUUGGACUUGUUGAGGUCACCACACCAAAAUGUCUGUGAACAAGCUGUUUGGGCGUUGGGCAACAUAAUUGGGGACGGGCCGCAGCUUCGAGACUACGUUAUUAAACUUGGUGUGGUAGAGCCACUACUGUCAUUCAUCAAGCCUUCCAUGCCACUAACGUUCUUGCGUAAUGUUACCUGGGUCAUCGUUAACCUUUGUCGGAACAAAGACCCUCCGCCACCGCUGGAAACCAUCAGAGAAAUCCUGCCUUCUCUAUGUCUCCUCAUUCACCACACGGACAACAAUAUUCUGGUGGACACAGUGUGGGCUAUUUCCUACUUAACGGAUGGCGGCAAUGAGCAGAUCCAGUGGGUGAUUGACUCGGGUGUGGUGCCCCUGCUGGUGCCUUUACUUAGCCACAAGGAGGUGAAAGUGCAGACUGCUGCAUUGAGGGCGGUAGGCAACAUCGUUACAGGCACUGAUGAGCAGACGCAGGUGGUACUCAACUGUGAUGCGCUGGCGCACUUCCCUGCACUGCUGACACAUCCCAAAGAGAAAAUCAACAAGGAGGCGGUGUGGUUCCUGUCAAACAUCACUGCUGGUAACAACCAGCAGGUCCAAGCUGUGAUUGAUGCCGGUUUGAUUCCAAUGAUUAUCCAUCAUCUCAGUAAGGGAGAGUUCCAGACGCAGAAGGAAGCAGCUUGGGCCAUCUCCAACUUGACCAUUAGUGGCACCAAGGUCCAGGUGUCCUACUUAGUGGAGCAAGGAGUUGUGGCACCUCUGUGUAACCUGCUGACUGUGCGAGAUCCGCAGGUGGUGCAGGUUGUUCUAGACGGUCUCAACAACAUCCUCAAGAUCGCCGGCACCCAGUUCUACGCUGUCGCCAGCAGCAUUGAGGAGUGUGGUGGCCUCGACAAGAUUGAGGCCCUUCAGAACCAUGAAAAUGAAGACAUAUACAAGCUGGCCUAUGAGAUCAUCGACCAGUACUUCUCGGAUGAUGUGGAUGAGGACCCCCACGUGGUGCCGCAGGCCUCUGACCAGGGCUACCAGUUUGAUCCCAAUGCUUCCAUCCCCGCGGAUGGCUUCAAGUUCUGAUGGCCAUGCUCGGAGCCUCCCGUGACCACCACGGGUAGGGCGGAAAGAGCUGCUGCAGCUGCUACCAGGAUAAGAGGGGAAGGGAGAUGUCGCAACUCCAGCAAGCGUAGCUGGCAACAAGCAGACGAGUGGCAGUGCUUGCAACUGGUGUGUGGGAGAGUGAGCGUGGAGGCGAAGGGCCACGUCGCCUUGGAACAGCCGUCUUCUGCGUUGAGAGGUGGCGCAGGUUGGCAGUGGCGCACCGCCCCUGCUAGUGCUUCUGCAUGUUCAACUCGCCUCUCGCGGUGGCCACCACCGACCAUCGCCGGGGGCAUACGGCCCUCCCUAUCGAACGUUUUUCGCCACCGCUCUAGGUCAUUGUCAGUUCCCCUUUAUCUCGUGAAGACACCUCUUGUCAAGCUAGACUGUAGAGAGGUGUUUGUAGCAGUUCACAUUGCCCUUUCCUUUAUUUCUCCCCUUGUCCAUGGUUGUCCUCGCUGUACUUAUUCAGAUGGGUUUGCUGCCUUCUGUUUCUCUCUCUCUUUCUUUUUUUAUUUCUUGCUUUUCCACUUUUGUCAACCAUGCCUGGUGCUAACUUGGAGAGAAAUGGACCAAGCACUGAUGAAUUGCUUUCUUUGCUCCACCAUUUUUUUUUCUUUCUGUCUUUGCGUGUUCUUAGUGCAUGUGGGGUCGCUCCAGGCGUCCUGUCCUCUGCAUAGGUGCUGUGUAAUGUACCCAACAUCCUUGCGUCGUGCAAGCUGGAUCUUGGCAAACAUGAGCAAAAAUAGGGGGAAGAAAAGACUAGUCGGAUGAAGUAGGUCGUGCACAUAUAGUUUAGUGCUUGAGGACAGAAGUAUUUUGACACUUGUUUUCUGUGCAGAAUUUUGCUUGUUAUUGCUUUUAAGAAUCAUGGUUUCAUGUCAGGUGUAAUACCUCAGUAUCUUCCAGAUGGGAGGAGAGAGAAGCUACUAGUGUGUAAUUAUAUACGUGUGUAAUUAUCACCCAUCCACACUUAGAAGAAACUCAGGCAAAGUUGUGUGGAAAAAAAAAAAAGCAGGCCUGCAAAGAACGCAAAUAAUCGUUUAGCUAAAGCUGAAUUUCUGAUAUAUACGUCGUUCAACAUAGCGAUCAAAGGCUGCUGUGCAGUGACAAAGCACUUUCUUUGGAAAGAGUGGGACCUCUGGACGAAUUGAGCGCAAUAGCAAGAGCUGCAGAAGAAAAACAGCAUAGCUGAAGAUCAGUUUUUCAUCCAGGUGCCUUAAGUUCUCCAGGAAGCUUGCCGAUGUUUCCUUGACGGUGGACGAAAAAGAAGAAAGAAAAAAAAGAGAGAAAGAAGAGCACAAAAUUCGUGGACAACGGAUGAAGAGAAGGCAGUGCUGCCAUUGUGGCAAUGGAAUUGCCGGACACAGCCGACGAGCAUGAUGUGCCAAUCUGUGAGCAUGUGGAGUUUUAAGCUGAAGAACUGCUGUGGCUGCUUGCUUCUGUGCAGUUUACUAGUUUUUCCGAAGCACCCAGGCGUGGCUGCUUCAAUCCGUUUUGUGUUUCCAGUGGCAGUUGUGCUGAGAGCAUCUGGGUUUUCUGAGCAGCUCCCAAAACAGUCUACGGGAAAAAGCGUCUAGGAUUGAGCGAUGCCUUCAGCUGGCAUGCAUCUUUCCAUGUAAAUACUAGUAUAUUUGCCAUGGUCUUGCAUUGAAGCACUCUUUUGUGGCAGCAAUGUAGCCAGAAUGAGUUAGCUCAUUCUUGUUUGUUUUAAUUCAUGGCAUUGAGGGGCAAUCUUCACCUUGACUUUUGAUUGUGUGUGCAUCAGUCUGUUUUGCUUGAACUGACCCCUCCCCAUCUUUUUUUUUAUGCCUUGAGCAAAACAUUACGUGUUUAUAAAUGUAGGAUUUGUACUCAAUUAUGCAUAACAAAUUGUAAAGCCAUGUGAAGACACACACAAUGGUUGUGUCACAAUUCGGGAGGACCUUCGUCAAGAUAAUUCACAAGACGAGCAGAGAUAAUGUACAAUUGUACAACCCGAUUGCUGCUUCUGCAGCUGUGCUCUGUUUUGAGCUUGCUAAAAACCCAGACGGCUUUUCCUUGACCUUAUUAUUUUUUUCUCCUUGUGUGUGUUGUGAUCUGGGCGAUUAAAAAUGAUCGCUCCUUCAUUGUUUUGAGUGCUGUGAGAAGUUUUGAUGGCCACUUUAAAGCUAGUAUUAUAUAUGGCACUGAAUUUUUUACUACCUGUUUUUGUCUUCGGGUGUUAUGGCCUUUUACGUCAAUAUGCAAUAGCUGUGCGGUUUCACAGACAAAAUGUUGGCCGCAUGCACAUUUCUUGUUGCAUCUAGAUUUUUUCAUGAGCCCUUCGAGAACUAUGGUCAUAGAGUUCAUUGUUUCUGGAUCAAUGGUAGCCCUAUUGGAUCCAUGGCGCGUCUUCAAGGUAAUGGGCGUAUCCAGGAAUCUGUGUUCUAUAACUGGAAAGGCUGAUCAGUAACAAGAGUAGCAGGCUGAUCAUCAUAUCUUCAAAGUAUACAAAAAAAUUAUGUGGCUCUUUUUUUGUUUUUCUUUCGUAAUGCCAGCAAAGUUCUUAAGGCACCAUUUUUCAUAACUCGCAGUGUGCACUAGGUGUGGAGUGUGAAAUUGCUCAAAUUACCCGUUUAUCUUCACUGGAAAGAGCGUCAUCCAGUCGGAACAGUGUAAUUACAGGAAGUAAGAGACCAGUGUCUUGUCGAUUGCUGCAUUUUUAAAGCUUCCCAAACGUCCACAUUCAACUGGAUCGAAACGCUGCCUUGUGAUACAUGCGGUGUGAAGAAAGAAAAAAAAAAUCAGUUUCUCUCUCGCCUUGAAGGAUCGUCAAACCAGGGUGCAAUUGUGUUGUCAAGAGGUGGAGCCUGGCUGUCUUUAGUGUUGUUCUUUGGUAGUAUUCCCCCUCUGCCCACUGGGCCUUGUGUAGUGUGCUCUGGUGGGCAUGCAACGUACAGUGCACUACAAGACCAGUGUAACAUGCUGUGGUUUCAACCUCUCUGUUGCCCCCCCCCCCCUCCCUGUUAGUGUUUCAGGGGUGUUGUGUGUUUGUCUGCAUGUGUGUACAUUGUUUGGGCACAGCUUGGUGAACUUGAAGCACUCUGUGCAUGGCGUGCUGCUAAAUGCUUGUUACUAGUGGCUGCCACAUGUUUUUUUUUUCAGAAGCCGGUGAUAAUUGUUAAGGGUGCAUUUAGUGCCUCCAUGUAUGUUUUUGCCAGGGCCAAAACUUUUGGCUAGUGCAGAUUUCUUGUGGAAUGAGAUUAAUGGACUCCUUCCAUUAGGCCUUAUUGAAAUUGAAUCUUCAGUGACCACUCGCAUGGUGCAUGCAAGAUAUUUGCUUACUCAGUGUUCGGAUCAAGUUCACCAAGGUGUGGUAAAUUUCUGCUUUGAGCACCUAUUGUCUCUUUUGGGUGUACAGUAGCUGACAGGCAGUAAUUAGCUAAUGUCAUUGGCUGUAUGCCUUAAAUUAUUUUUCUCUACCAGAAGGUUUUACGCCUCAUAACCACGGGCAAAGAAAGCGUAGUGCUUGUUAUUUUGAUGUGUUAUCUUCCUGUCAAGCUGGUGUGCCCUGUGCGUUUCUGGACUGUGUGCAGUGCAUAUAUAUAUUUUUUUUUCGGCGUCUCGAUGCUCUUUAGAUGUCGUGGUGCGCCUUUGUAAGGAAAACAAAUGACUCCCAGGAGGACCAUUGUACAUAAACUGCAAAGCAAAUACUACCUGUAAAUUUCUUUUUGGUGGAAAUCGAAAUUUGUUUUCCUUGCAAAGACGUUUCUCCUUUAAAACUCCUUUGCAGGCUACCUCUAGGUUUACAAAGAGUUACUUGAAAUUGAAAGUUUUUAUACUCUAUAGGACAUAUUUCAAUUUGCACGCAAAUUAAAGGGUAAUUGAAAUGCCCCUUGUAAACCGAGGUGCCAUGGCAAAUAAAAAAAAAUCUGACCCUAAUAAUCGAAGGAUUUGUGCACGCGUGUACUUUUAUUGUGCUAAUUAUGGGGGGAUCGUAGUAAAUCUGUCUCAAACUUCAUGUGUGCCGUAAGUCCAUUUUGGGAGUGUGAGUGGUUGUUCGUGCGAGCACAACAAGAUUUUAACGGCACUGAAGGUUGUACUUGCUACACUACGCACAAGGCAGUGUACAGAGUGCACUAUGAGUUGCCAAAAGGGGGAAGCAGGAAAUACAUUUGCCACAAAUUGGAAUGUUUUAAGAAGUAACGCUAGUUACAAACUCCUUUAGCACAUGAUCUGACCUAAUCCGACAGAACGCUGGCAUAAGGAAAUGCACGCCGCACCGAGCGAAGCGACCUUCGUUUUUACUGAAUGCUUCUUCGGUGCAGUCAUAGUACCUCCCUGGGCUGGUAACAUCCGUGACCCUUCAAAAAUGCAUGCCGAGACUGUGACAUCGGCUUUUGCACUCCCGGGCAACAGUCUAGAAAGGAGGGAAUUCACCUCUGUCAUGGCAUGUGCAAACUUGUGAGCCUGCUCAUAAAGGCGCCCGCGACGACGAUUGGUGUGUUAAAGGUGUACUGACAAAAUUUGGCGGCCGUUAUAGCCUGCGGGGUCGAUUCCCGUGGACAUGCGUAUAUAUCAUUUGCAAAUAUCAAAAGCGAAUAUAGCUUGGAAGGUAUUUUAAAUUUCAUUUUGAAGUUUGCGUGAGCGCUCUAGUCCACCGUGCUAUUGACACCCUCAAAGGUUGGGGAUCCCCAACUUUCCUCACAUCACCACGCUGCAGUCAGUAUAAACAAGAUUAUGAUGACGUCAUAGCUGCCAUUUUUUUGCGUGUUAAGGGUGCAUUUAGUGCCUUCAUGUAUGUUUUUGCCAGGCCAAAACUUUUGGCUAGUGUAGAUUGUGGAAUGAGAUCAAUGGACUCCUUCGAAGCCAUAUAGGCCUCAUUGAAAUUGAACUGAAUAGGCCAUGGCUCAUGCUUUGAAAGUUUUGUGUUUAGCACACUGUAGCCCCGUUUCCUAUUCGAGAAUAAUUCUUGAUGCGGACCUGUGCGAGAAAGCGUGUCGCGGUUGUGUGUUCUGUGGUCAAGAGCUGCACACGCUAGGUGGCGAUAGUUGCACUCGACGGCUUAUCGUUUUUGGAGCUCGAACUGAAACUGGUCGAUAAUGAGGGGCCUAUCACUAAUUAUCUGUUGCAUGCUGUAUCAAAUGAUGUGUUGCGUUAUGACUAAUAGGCCAUUUUCAAGAAUGGAGAAA